AUACAGAGCAACACCGUUUUCUUUCCCUUGUGUAUUAUAACGGCUCAUUUUAGAUAUUCGCAGAGCAGAGAUUUUCAUUUGUUUGUUUUCCUUAAUAUAUAAUUGGAAUUGGAAUUACCAGACGCUGAUUGCGAUUCUUUCUCUUUCACUUUCUCUUCUUCUUCUUCUUCAUUCCACGCUCCCUUUCCUCAUCAACCAUAAAAAUCUGAAAAAUCUCACUCUAACAUAUCCCCAAUUUCUCUCCGUUUCUCCCCCAACUGUAAAUUUGUUUCUUCGACACUCUGUAUUACUCUAUCAAAGCAGUUCGGUUAGGGUUUCUUGUUCAAUUUCCUCAGAAAGAUGACAGUUUGAAGUGUAAUCGCAAAUAGAGAUCUAAUUCCGUGGUUCAGUUUGGGAAUAUUGUAGCCGGGGAUUUUGAAGACUUCCAGCCACUGACGUCAAACAUAUGGCUACUCAGUUGCAGAUGAGCCCUCAGUUGGAGCAGAUCCAUGGUGAAAUUAAAGACAAUUUUCGAGCUCUCUCAAAUGGGUUCCAGAGGCUGGAUAAAAUCAAAGAUUCCAACAGACAAAGUAAACAGCUAGAGGAUCUUACUGGGAAGAUGAGGGAGUGUAAAAGAUUGAUUAAAGAGUUCGAUCGUGAAAUUAAAGACGAGGAGAGCAAAAAUCCGCCUGAAGUAAAUAAACAACUCAAUGAUGAGAAGCAAUCCAUGAUAAAAGAGCUGAAUUCUUAUGUGGCGCUGAGAAAAACUUAUAUGAAUACCCUCGGUAACAAGAGAGUUGAACUCUUUGAUAUGGGAGCAGGGGGCAGUGAACCUACAGCUGAAGAAAAUGUUCAAAUGGCUUCAGCAAUGUCAAAUCAAGAACUUGUUGAUGCUGGUAUGAAGACAAUGGAUGAAACUGAUCAAGUCAUUGAACGCUCUAAAAAGGUUGUUGAACAAACAAUUGAAGUGGGAACUCAAACUGCUGUUACCUUGAAAGGCCAAACUGAACAAAUGGGGCGUAUCGUCAAUGAGCUCGAUACAAUUCAGUUCUCAAUUAAGAAGGCCUCCCAACUGGUGAAGGAGAUAGGCAGACAGGUGGCUACAGAUAAAUGUAUAAUGCUAUUUCUCUUUCUCAUUGUUUGCGGUGUGAUAGCCAUUAUUGUUGUGAAGAUUGUCAACCCCAACAACAAAGAUAUCAGGGACAUUCCUGGAUUGGCACCUCCAGCCCCCUCAAGGAGACUGUUGUAUCUAAGGGAUCCAGAACAUUUUGCGUAGAUUCACAAUUUCAGAGAAGUAGUUUUUCCUCACUUAAUUUUUAUGAUUUGUAUUGAAAGAGUGGGAAGAUGUUAUCGGCGGGCAUUUACAUUUUUUUUUCCCAAUUCAUUUCUUACCUGAGUUGUGCAUAUCCUGUUUGUGAUUAUAUGUGUAAAUCAUAUUUGAGGGCCUUUUGCAUUGUUUUUAAUGGAUUGUCAUGUUGGUUCUUUGUGUAAAACUUUGUUGCUCUUGCUGACUUGCUGUGCAGAAGUAAUAAUAUACUCUGAUGUCAAAUGUGAAGCCAAAUA